AUGCAAAAUUCUAAUAAUGCAGCAGCGAGCAGCGCUGCCGAAAACAAUUCGACUACAGCUUCAAAUUCUCUGCCGCCACUGCCUUCAUUAGAAGAAUUAAAACAGCAGCGAGCAUCUACAAAAGGCAGUAUAACGCGAAUUAAAAAUAUUGUUGAGAACAACAAAACUUUAUCGUCAACGGAAUUGGAGUGUAGACUUGGGAUGCUAGAUGCAUAUUAUAAGCAGGUAUCUUACUACCAGAAUCAGAUAGAGCGAUAUUGUCCUACAGAUUCAGCGCGCUCUGACAUCGAUGAGCUGUACGUAAGUACAAAAUGUUUAAUAUUGUCAUUAGUUGAUGGACGGAGGAGACAAAGCUACCAUGAGCAAACUUUCUCGUUACCGCAGCUGCCGUCAAACAGAUUGCCACAUUUAAAGUUGCCUAAGUUUGACGGCAAAUAUCUUGAAUUCAAAAAUUUUAUACAUAUUUUUCAAAACCUUGUAGAUAGUGAUUCGCUCUUGACAUCAACUGAAAAAUUCAACCAUUUGUUAUCGUGCCUUCAAGGCGAAGCGUUAGCUACAGUAAAGGCGUUCCAGAUAACGGAAGACAACUAUCCGAAGGCUCUCCAAAGACUCAAAGAGCGAUACGACAAUGAUCCUCUCAUAUUUCUGGAAGGCAUUGCAACACUUUUUGAUGAACCACAAUGUAUUAAACCUGAUUCGACUCAACUUCGCCAAUUAGUGGACAACGUUUCGGCUUUAUAUAGUUCGCUUAAGUCACUGGGAUCACACGAACAGAUAUGUGAUGCAAUCAUGAUUCACUUGGUGAUGACGAAAGUGGAUAGUGAGACGAAACGUAAAUGGAAUUAA